AUGGCUUCUAUUAUAACAUCUAAAAUGCCGAGUGCGAGUGUUGAGACUGUUGAAAACGGCGCAAAAGAGCAAUGGACUGCUUUCCGGUCUUCGAAAACUUUUAUAAUUAUCGUAGUUUCUGUUGCGAUUUUUGCGGAUGUCUUUAUAUAUGGAAUGGUAAUACCUUUAAUCCCAGCUAUUCUGAGGGACCGACUUCACUUACCUGAUGAUCAAUUGCAAACAUGGAUGGCGAUCUUGCUCGCAACAUUCGGCGGCGCACUGCUAAUUAGUUCCCCUGUUGUUGGAUAUUUCGCCGACAAAGGCUCUUCACGCAAACUCCCAUUUCUAGUCGGGCUGAUUGCAGUCGCCGGCGCGACGAUAAUGUUCUGGCUUGCUAGGUCUCCCGCGACGAUGAUCAUCGCACGUAGCUUGCAGGGACUGGCUGAAGCUGCCAUGUGGACUAUCGGAAAUGCCCUCGUGGUUGAUACGAUGAGAAAGGAUCAGCUGGGUGUUGCGAUGGGGUAUGUCUCCAUGUCGAUGAACAUUGGGACCAUGGCGGGACCAGCUUUGGGUGGGAUUCUGUUGGACCGAGCAGGCUAUGAUUCAGUAUUCAUGGUCGCAUUAGCCCUAAUCGGUGUCGACGUCGUGCUUCGGUUACUCAUGAUCGAACCAACGACCAAACCACAAGGCAAAAGCCUUGAGGGCGAAACGGAGCCCUUACUGAGGGAUGAUCCUCCUAUAGACUACCAGACUCGUAGUCUGAAUCAGUCACACCUCGAUGUAGAAGGCUCUCUACGCCCUCAUACACCGAGUUGCAUCCCGCCUAUCGUCCGUCUAGCGAUGUCCGGCCAGCUCUUGGUACUACUGAUUGCAAGUAUUGUUGAUGCGGCAAUUUGGACCACUUUUGAAACGACCGUCCCAGUAUUUGUGAUCCAAAACUUCAAAUGGGAGUCUUUCGAGAUCGGCAUGUGUUUCUUGGUCUUGACAUUGCCUAGUGUCAUUUCUCCAAUCAUCGGAUCAAUCAUCGACCGUUACGGCCCCCGCAUCGUAUCCGUCACCUCAUUCAGCUCCCUCGUCCCGAUUUUCAUCCUUUUCCAAUUCGUCACCGACGAUUCACGUCAAUCACGCAUCUUAUUCAUAGCAUUACUUAUCGGAGCUGGUUUCUCCUUCUCCGCAAUACUGCUCCCACUCAUAGUAGAGAUCAGCGAGCCAAUCGAACGCAAAGAGAAAGAAUCUCCAGGAAUCUUUGGCGCGAAAGGUGCCAAUGCUCAGGCAUAUGCUCUUCAUGGUAUGGCCUGGGCCUCUGGACAGUUACUGGGACCUAUAAUUGCGGGAACCCUCGCCCAGACAGCUGGGUGGGGAGUCAUGAACAUUGUCAUGGCGGUGGUGAGUGGCUCGACUGCGUUGAUGUUGGCUUUGACGAGCGACAAAAUUCGUGAAAUGUUUUAG